GAUGGUGGGAAGAGUAGAAAGAGCUGCGGAACACAAAAUUAGCAUUGAUGGGAGAGUAUUGAAGGCCCUGGAAUAUCCUGAGAUCGCCACAAUCUUUUUCUGUUUGGCUGAAGAUGAAAAUUUACUUCAAGAUGUAGAUGAAAGGGCAAUUGAUGAACAGAUUGAAGAAGUUCUAAUGAAGAGAGGGCGUCUCAUCGGAAAUUACUAUUUCAAGUGUGGAGCAUGCGUACUAAACCCAAGAGGCAAAGGAUGCCAAAGAAUCAUUAGAUUGUGUGUGUUGAAAUUUGGAAUCAAGAUUGCAAAAUGGUAA